AUGUCCUCCACACAUAGCUCUUGGCCUACACCUGCAGUGGACUCUGCCUCCCCAUCUGAAACUCCACCUCUCCUUACCACAUCAAGCAUCUUCUCUCUGACUGAUCAAAGAGCCACAGACCUAACGUCCCUUGGCCAGACAUUGCUAAUCCCUGGGCUCACCCUCCCCACUGUGGAUUCUUCUGCCACUAGCCAGUUGACUCUGGAAAUUUCACAUUCACUUGCACCCUCAGAUGACAGCAGGUUGAGUGCAGGCCACAGAGGAAUAAUGAGAGCUCUCGAUGGGAUGGAUGCAUCUGACACUCCUGCCUUGCCUGAGGUACCCAGACAGAAUGGAUAUGUUUCUACUCCUGACCAUUUCUUGGACACCACAACCCCUGUCCCUGCUCCACAGUACAUUACCACCAGCUUGAUGACCACUGCCUCCAGGGGCCAAGAGCUGGUUGUAUUCUUCAGUUUGCGUGUGGCAAAUAUGCCCUUCUCUGAUGACCUGUUCAACAAGAGCUCUCUGGAGUACCAAGCUCUGGAGCAACGAUUCACACAGCUGCUGGUUCCAUAUCUACGGUCCAAUCUUACAGGGUUUAAGCAACUUGAAAUUCUUAACUUCCGAAAUGGGAGUGUGAUUGUGAAUAGCAAAAUGAGGUUUGCUCAGUCAGUGCCAUAUAACCUCACCCAGGCUGUGCACGGGAUCCUGGAGGAUUUCUGCUCCACUGCAGCUGAACUUGAUCUGGAAAUAGACAACUACUCUCUCAACAUUGAACCAG